AUGGUGCCCACCCCGGGGACCCUGCUUCCCUCGAAGACCCCGUCUCCGCUGGAAAAAAUCCGGUCAGCGGGCCCCCCGGCUCCUUCCCCGCCGUGUCCAGCCGCCCGGUCGAGGAGGGUGCCGCUGCCGGCCCGACCCGCCCGUGGAAAAUCGAAGCACGGGCCCUGGCCGCCCCGGCACCCGGCCCACCCCGGGCAAACCCCGGACGCCGCGUCCGAUGGUGCCCAUCCCGGGGACGCUGCAUCCCCGGGUGACCCCGUCUCCGCUGGAAAAAAUCCGCCCAGCGGGCCCCCUGCUCCUUCCCCGCCGAGCCCAGCCGCCCGGUCGAGGUGGGUGCCGCUGCCGGCCCGACCCGCCCGUGGAAAAUCGAAGGCCGGGCCCUGGCCGCCCCGGCACCCGGCCCACCCCGGGCAAACCCCGGACGCCGCGUCCGAUGGUACCCACCCCGGGGACCCUGCGUCCCCGCUUGACCCCCUGGCAGCAGGACGAAAGACCCCUCCCGAUAAACACCGCUUACAACACGCAAGUCAAUGCGAAAUUCACACCGAGGGCGACACCGGACGACCCGACGGCGCAGCGGCGGAGGGCUCGGGCCGCCCUGGGCAAACCGAGGACGGCGAAUCCGAUGGUGCCCACCGCGGGGAGCCUGCGCCCUCGGACGACCCCGUUCUCGCGGGAAACAGUCCGGCGAGCGGACCCCCGGCCCCUUCCCCCGCUGUCGGCCGAUCCGACGGUCAGAAUCUCCUGCCGACUCCUGGCUGGGUGAGCGGGGGUGUCGGCUCGGCAUGCGGGGCGCUGUCGGCCCGCUGCGUCGAGAUCUGCCGGUCGGAAUCGUCUGCCGACGCCCGGGUGGGUGAGCGGGAGGGUCGGCUCGGCAUGCGGGGCGCUGUCGGCCCGCUGCGUCGAGAUCUGCCCGUCACAAUCUCCCGCCAUCUCCUGCGUGGGUGA